UGACAUGACGAUGCUGUCUGUACUCGGUUUACUACUGAUGCUCGGACUGAGCCGAUGUACAGAUGAGGAGAAGAUCGAGAAAAAGACGGUCCUGGUUGGAGACGAUGUCAAACUGACGUGUCCUCGCAAGACCUCUGCUUUCGAUUCAGCAAAGUUGUUCUGGUUCAGGCAGGUUUCUGGAGACUUGCCUGAAUUUUUAGGUGGAACUCUCAGCUUUGACUAUGAUGAUGUUACCAAAACUCCUCACACCACCUUAAAACAAGAGCCUGGAACAUUUGUCCUGAUUAUCAAUCAAACCCAGCUCAGUGACACUGGACUUUACUUUUGUGUAAGACAAGAGGAACUUAAAGUGACCCUUUUAAAAGGAGUAUUUCUGAGAACUAAAGGACCAGAGUCUGAUAUCACCACCAUCAUUCAAGACCUUUCAGCUGAUCCGGACCAUCCAGACUUGAUGACUCUGCAGUGUUCAGUCUUCUCUGACUCUGAAACUAAAACCUGUCCAGGGAAUCACAGUGUGUUCUGGUUCAGUUCUGGAUCAGAUGAAGCUCAUCCCAGUGCCAUUUACACUCAUGGAAACAGACGUGAUGAGUGUGAGGAGAGGCCUGAGACUCAGUCUCCACAGAAAUGUGUCUACAACUUUUCUAAGACCGUCAGCUCUUCUGAUGCCGAGACUUAUUACUGUGCUGUGGCCACAUGUGGACAGAUGUUAUUUGGACAUGGAACAGAGAUCAACAUUGAAGGAGAGAACAUGGAGAUGAUCCAGACAGCUCUCCUGUUUGUGGUAGCAGGUGUUUUAGCCUUAAGUCUGAUUUUAAAUGCCAUCCUGACUUAUAAAAUCAAGACAAAAUCUUUUGUUUCUGGCAAUGCUGCUGAUGCUGUAAGAACAAAUGCUGCCACAGCCACUGCAGCUCAGCAAGGCCAGCAGGGAACUGAAGCCUCAUUGGUUUAUUGUGCACCGACCUUUUCCAAGAAGAGAAAUGGCAAAAGAGAGAGAAGAAAUGUGAAGGCAGCAGAGGAAGAGACUUUUUACUCUGGUAUCAGAGCUGCUAUGAGAUAGUAGCAAUAGAUUCAGUGAAUUUGGAAAUAAAACAAAAUAAAAUGGAUUUUAUUUGUGUAUCUUUUUGAUGACUGUAUUAAACUGGACAGGACUGCCUGUUGAGGAUGACGAUAUUUUGACCAUUUCAAAAAUGUUUCUUUUUAUUGUCUGACUACUUGACAGGGGUCUGCCUGCAGACUGUACAUUUCUGAUCCUCUCACCUAUGAAUGCUAUAUUUCUAUGUUUCUAAAGCAAGGAAAACAUUAGAAAUCAUAGCUAAAGCUAAUGUAGCUAUGUAGAUAACAUACCUAUACAGCUUACAUAGCUGCUUCAUGGGCCUAGCUUCAGCUACAUAGCUCUGUUAUCUCUAGCUAAGUGAGUUUUAAAGAUGUGAGCUUUAGCAAAUGUAGCUAAAGCUAACAAAGCUAUACAGACAACGUAGCUUACAUAGCUGCUUCGUGAGCUUAGCUUUAGCUCUGUACGCUAUAUAGCUUCAUAUGCAAUGUAGCUUACCCAGCUAACAGAGCUUUGUAAGCUACAUUAGCUUCGUUCAAGUGUUUUCAGGGAGUACAAGCCCUUUUCCUGUAAGCAGAAUGUUAACUUGGCUUUAUUGUUUUGCAGGUCAGGUUUUUGCCUUUUUAAAGUAAUCAAAACAUUUUAACGUGUUUUUUGAUCCUGAGAUAUACAGUUUCUCAGAAUACUGGUCUGUGAGAGUGGCUGUCAGAAGUCAACAGGCUGCU